AGCCCCGAUGUGGCUGCAGCAGCGGCUGAAGGGUCUGCCGGGGCUCCUGUCCAGCAGCUGGGCCCGCCGGCUGGUCGCCUCGGUGGGCUUCCUGGCGGUGCUGUCCUGGUACCUGGGCGGCCUCCGCUUCCCGCCGUGGGGCGGGCCCGGGGAGGCCUCCUCCUCGUCGUCGUCGACGUCGUCGUCGUCGGCGUCCGCCUGCCUGUCGGCGGCCACCCUGGACUGGGCCGGCCUGCGGGCGCGGGGCGAGGCUCUGCCGCUCCCCUACGCCGGCGAGGCCCCGGGCCCCCCGGCCGUGGUGGGCAACGGCUUCCUGACCCUGGACGUGUCGGCCAACCGGCUGUGGGUGCGUCCGGGCGGGCGCGGGCCGCCGCUGGCCCCGGCCUUCGCGCCCUGGGUGCAGCUGCGGGCGGCGGCGGCGGCGGCGCAGGCGCAGACGGAGGCCGGGGCGGCGGCCGUGCUGCCGCGGGCCGGCGCCGUGCGGCGGGUGCGCUGCCUGCAGCUCGGCGGCCGGGCCCCCGUCCUGGUGAGGGAGGACUUCGUGGCCCACCGCCGCCGGCCCCACGUCUACCUGCAGCGGAUCCGCGUGGCCAACCCCACCGACCGGGCGGCCUCCCUCCUGCAGGCGCCGUCGCCGCCUCCCGCGGACGCCCUCGCCGCCACCGCGGCCCAGGCCGGCGGCCGCCCGGUCCUGCUGUUCUCCGGCCGGGCCCCGUCGCCGCCCGGCGGCCCGGACGCCCUGGUGGCCGUGGCCGCCGAGCAGCUGCCCGACAGGGUGCAGGUGGCCCCCCGGGCCCAGCUGGACCAGACGCUGCGCUGGGUGGUCCGCGCCUCCGACCCCCUGGACCGGCCCGCCGGGGACCCCGCCGCCCAGCUGGCCCUGCUGCGGGAAGCCGCCCGCGAGGAGCUGGCCCACCUGAUGGAGGUGCCCCCGCAGGUCCUCCGCGACGAGCACCGGGAGGCCUGGGACGACCUCUUCGUCUCAGGUGUUGAAAUGAAGAAGAUCAAUGAUGCUCACACGCCGUCCAGCGAGACGGUCAACAUGACCCUGUACUACGUGCUGUCCUGCUCUCCGACCCCGGUGCCGAACAGUCCCCUGGGCCCCCGGGAGCGAGACCGAAUGGAAUCCAGCCUGAACUACGCCGACCACUGCUUCAGCGGCCACGCCACCAUGCACGCCGAGAACCUGUGGCCGGACAAGCUGGCCAGCGUCAGCCAGGUCCUGCAGCUCUCAGACUUGUGGAAGCUGACACUCCAGAAACGGGGGUGCAAGGCCCUGGUGGGCGCUGGGGCCCAAGGGAUGAUGCAGGGGAUGGUGCUCAGCUUUGGGGGGCUGCAAUUCACCGAGAACCACCUGCAGUUCCAGGCCGACCCCACCGUGCUGCACAACAGCUACUCCCUGCACGGCAUCCACUACAACGACGACCUCAUCAACCUGGCCGUCCUGCUGGACGCCGAGGGGAGGCCCUUCCUGCACGUGUCCGUCAGGUCGCACGGCCGGCCCGUCCGCAUCUACGCCUGCGAGGCCGGCUGCCUGAACGAGCCCGUGGAGCUGACCUCGGAGUCACGGGGGCACACCUUCCCCGUCAUGGUCACCCAGCCCAUCACUCCCCUGCUCUACAUCUCCACGGACCUGACCCACCUGCAGGACUUGAGGCACACGUUGCACCUGAAGGCCAUCCUGGCCCACGAGGAGCACAUGGCUAAGCAAUACCCCGGACUGCCCUUCCUCUUCUGGUUCAGCGUGGCCUCCCUCAUCACGCUGUUCCACCUCUUUCUGUUCAAACUCAUCUACAAUGAGUACUGUGGGCCGGGUGCCAAGCCGCUCUUCAGGAGUAAGGAAGAUCCGAGUGUCUGAGUGAACUAACAGUCCCGCUCUCAGCCUCCAUUUGCACAAGAGCCAGCACCCGAAAGUCCUGCCGGUGAGAACAAGGGACCUUUGAAAGCAACAACCCAAUUGUGCCUUGUCGGGGGAAACCGGUGGCUUGGAAAUGUUUGUGGCUAUUCAGGAGUUUACAUUGGAGUGAACGUGUGGCGUUUAAACGUGGAGAAGGGAGUGGGAGGGUGCAUCUGGGCCUUUUGUAAGCUUUUAACUCAAUAAAAUUGAACCUAUUUGGAAAUACUUGAAAAUUAACCGACUCCUUCAACUUUCCCCUUUUCACCUCCCAGGGCGUUAAAACGUCUUUCCGAACUCUGGGCCCAGAAGACUCGCUCUUUUUCCUAAUUUAAUGUCCCCUGUCCGCAAUGCCUUCUUAAUUUAUUUUUGAUUGUGGUCUUUGCAUCCCUCUGGGUAGCUAAUCAUAGAACCAAUUACAAACAAAUCCAGACUGUAUUUAGCUCUGCUGGGUGGGGCGACUUGGGUAUCAGAUUUAACUGAAUCUUUCAAAUGUGAAGGAUGCACAGUCUAAUUCAGAGAUGCACAAUUUCUAGGCAGAAUUUGAACGCUAAUUGUUUGUCUCAUCUUAACCUGUGGUGAUGUCUUUUUGUGUCUUCUGGCAGUUGGAGAGGUUUUGACCUAGUUGAUUGAAGACUGUUUGGUUUAGAAAUACCAAAGCUUUUUUUUUUUUGAUCGUUUGUUUUUAAAUAAAUGCCUUUAAAUAGA